AUGUAUGAAAGUGAACAUUCUAAGCCGAAAAAAUUCGGCGGGAUUGUAAAUAUUUUAGCCCUUUUCGAAGUGUCACGAGAGAUUUUGGUACUGAGAAUUAUCAUAAUGGGUGGUUGUAUAUCAUCAUCAUCAUCAGCUAAACCAAGCAAACCAUUCAAAACCAUCAAAGUAAAGAGAAAACGGCGUAUUCGCUCCACAAGGCGCCACCUUUUUUCUGUCACUGAUGGAAGCAGAAAAAGGAACAGUGACUCGGGGGCCCGAGUUUCAGAUUUUUCAGUUAGAAUUUGCCAGGAAGAAGCAUGGUUCGACACACUGAGCAUACUAGAUUCCGACUCGGAUGAUGAAUUCAGUAGUGUUCAUGGAGAAUUCUUUCCUAGCAUUUUGAACGGUCAAGUCCUUCCUUAUGAAACCUCAUCACGCAUUGUGGAAAACAGCAAAGAAUAUCACGAUAAGUAUCUGAAAACGGACAAUAAUAAUGAUGAAUCUUGCGCCAAAAGGAAGAAAAACUUGGAUCGAGCCCAUGUGAGUUUUAAUAAUAAUGGAUCAAAAGAUGAAAAAAACGAGCGUAUGGAGAAGGCUUCAGAGAGCUUACUGAAGUCUGUCUUGCCGAAGCUCGUCCCGUCUGUAAGUUUCAACGAUAAGACCAAUGUGGGCCCACAGGCCCAAAAGAAAAAUUCGGCCUUUAUCCGUCUUUCUUUCAAGAGGAAAUCUGUCGAUGGUAGCGAAAAAAACGAAGCAUGUGCAUCGACAAAAUAUGUUUAUCGCCCGAGGGCUGGACUGAUGAUUCCAUGUUGUGCUGAAGAGAAGCUGACUUUUGGAACUUGGUCCAAGAUUGAGCCCUCGACUUUUAAGCUUCGUGGGGACAAUUAUUUCAAAGACAAAAAGAAAAGCCCUGCAUCAAAUGCCACUCCUUAUACUCCGUUUGGCGUAGAUUUAUUCACAUCUCAAAAAAAGCUUAACCACAUUGCGCAGCACCUCGAGCUACCGACUAUAAAAGCAGAAGGGAAAUUGCCUCAAAUGCUAAUUGUUAACAUUCAGUUGCCUACUUAUCCGGCACCUAUGUUUCUUGGUGAUGGUGAUGGUGAGGGCUUGAGCCUCGUGCUAUGUUUCAAACUUUCGGAGAAUUUUGAGAAAGAUGUAUCUCCUCAAUUUCAGGACAGUAUCAAGAAAUUGAUCGAGGAUGAUAUGGAGAAGGUCAAAGGAUUUGCGAAGGACUCAACGGUGCCUUUUCGGGAGAGGCUGAAAAUAAUGGUUGGUGUUUCUAACCCUGAAGACCUCGUCUCGAAUUCGACCGAAAGAAAACUUUUAAACGCAUACAAUGAAAAGCCAGUUCUAUCCCGCCCUCAACACGAGUUUUAUCAGGGGCCAAAUUACUUUGAGAUUGAUCUCGAUAUUCAUCGAUUUAGCUUCAUAGCAAGAAAGGGGCUCGAAGCUUUCAGAGAGCGUCUAAAAACCGGAAUUCUUGAUUUGGGACUAACAAUCCAGGCCCAGAAGCCGGAAGAGCUACCGGAGAGAGUGUUGUGCUGUGUGAGAUUGAACAAGAUCGAUUUUGUCAACCACGGUCAAAUACCCACCAUUGUUAGGCUCGAUGAAGAAUGA